UGCCGAGGUCUCCGGGGGCUGCGAGAGUACUGAGGAGAAAGGGGAACGUCCCGGGGACCCGCGGGCGACUCCGGAGGCGCGGGCUGGGGUCUUUUUGUUUGGCUGCGCUCAGCGCCCAGCAGCCAGAGCGGACAACUCCAGUUACAACAACCCACCUUCCAGCAGCCAGGCGAGACUUGGGCUGCCGCGUCCGUCCUAUUGUUUAGACACUUGCCUGGGGCUCCGGAGCGCCAGUCCCUGCUCAGUCUCCGCCUUCCCUCUCCCUCCACCUUCCUCCCGGGAACGGCGGGUUCCGAAAGCCUCCGUGAGAAGGGAAAGGGCUGGAAGCCAAGCGCUGCCUGGACUGCGGUCGCCGAGUCAGGUGCAGAGUCCGGGGCCAAGCGGCAUCUCAACGGCCGGGGCUGGACUCCUUCGGUGACAGUGGGAGACCGGAUCCAACGCUUGGGGAAACUUCCUGCACUUUGAGGUUGAGGACCCACUUGUAGGGGCUGCCCAGGGGGUGGCUGAGAGGCUGCGCACGGAAGGACAUCACUGUUGUUUCUUCUACCUGUGCCGUCAGGUGUGUGCGGCGGAGCUGCAGCGUAUCCCGGAGACCAGAGUGGCUGACUAGAGCGCGCACACUCUCCUGCCGUUGGGCGGUCGCCUGGGGUGUAGGGGCUGCCAGAUCCCAUCCUCCCGCCUACCACCUAGUCAUCCAUCAGGACACAGUAGCAGCCCUGGCAUCGCGGACACCUGGCCUUUGCUUUGCUCCUGGCUUGACUGUCUGCGAGUCCAGCCCCAGCUAGUACCUACUCAGUCUUUCUAGGAGCUCUGCUACUCAACUUGGUUUACUGGAUUUUUUUUUUUUUUCUUUUUUCCUGCGGGGUUGCGGACUAGUGGAUAUCCCUGCAAGGCUGCAGCGGUCCGACUGCCCUUUUGUCUCUCUGUGUGACCUCAGGGGCAGGCCCUGGUGCAGAGCGUCGCCAAGGACGCCGGGAGGGAGGCGGGAUUGCCAAGAUAUCCUCCAGUGAAGUGCAUGUGUGUGUGUGCGAGCCAGCCUUGGCUGUCGGGAGACGGCGAAGACGUGUUGGGGCUGCUGCCGCGGCGCAGGAGUGGAGAGGCCCUGUGAGCUAAGCCCUGCGCCCCGCAGCGCCCCCGGGGGCUACGUGAACACCGGUGCGCCCCCGCGCGCGACAUGCCCAGCUUCUCCGAGGGCUCUUUACACCUGACAGGCCCUUGCGCCUUCUAGCUUCCGGGGGACCCACUUUGAUCAGGGCGAGCGUUACCGUUCAAGUACCCCUUCUCAGCCUUGUACUCUUCCCACCGGGAUCGGAUUCGCUGGAGGGUACGUGGGAUCAAAAGUCCUCCCUGGUCCUUAAGCAAAGGGCCACCGCGUCUCCGCGGUCACUGUAAGCAGGAGCUCUUUUACCGCCAAGUUGAAGAUGCGCUCUGCCCUCCCAGCGGCUUCGGGAUCUGCUCGCAGCCUGAGCGUGACCUAUUGAUAUUCAAGACCCGAAGUUGCCCACGGAUCUUCUGCUCUGCUAGGGAAGCGCGGAGAGCAGAGGAAAGGCGUGUGCUUCCAUCAGCUCUCCUGCCUUAUACCACGGUUUCGUCCUACUGUGCGCACAGCUCCCCGAGUACUGUGGGCUGCCAGCCCAGCACCAGGCGCUGGGCCUCAGACACUGCCCGGUUCUCACGCCACAGAGAGCGAAAGAGGAGUCCCUCAAAGCGAAGAGCCUGUUGGAGAAGAUGAGUGGCGUUGGCUGGCAAGCACUGUUCCUGUUGCUGGGGUUAGUGUUGUCGAUCUUGAACAAGGUGGCGCCUCAGGCGUGCCCGGCCCAGUGUUCCUGCUCAGGCAGCACGGUGGACUGUCACGGGCUGGCCCUGCGCAGCGUGCCCAGGAAUAUCCCCCGCAACACCGAGAGACUGGAUUUGAAUGGAAAUAACAUCACAAGGAUCACGAAGACAGAUUUUGCUGGUCUCAGGCACCUCAGGGUUCUUCAGCUCAUGGAGAACAAGAUCAGCACCAUCGAGAGAGGCGCAUUCCAGGACCUUAAGGAGCUGGAGAGACUGCGGUUAAACAGAAACAACCUUCAAUUGUUCCCUGAGCUGCUGUUUCUGGGGACUGCGAAGCUCUACCGCCUGUAA